AUGCAGUACUCGUCGCGAAGAUGGAUUCACUUGCCAUUGUACGCAAUUCCAUUGUUAGUGGCUUUUCGAGUGUUUAAUGCACUGUCUAUUAAGACGUUUUUCCAGCCAGAUGAAUACUGGCAGUCGCUGGAACCGGCUCAUAUCGCUGUUUAUGGCUACGGGUAUUUGACUUGGGAAUGGCGUGAACAUCUCCGAAGUGCCGCUCAUCCGCUUUUAUUUGCGGGUGUCUAUAAACUGGCCAAUUGGCUCGAUAUUGACCCUGUUUUGGGCCCAAAACUUUUUCAGGGUGUUGUUGCGGCAAUUGGCGAUAUUUAUACCUAUGAACUGGCAAUUCAGGCUACUAAUACUCCUUCAGCUUCAGUAGCCAAACUAGCUCUAUUUGCCAAUUUAGCGUCUGCUUUCAAUUGGUUCUGUUUACCAAGAACGUUUUCAAACUCGCUAGAAACUGUUCUUACAACUAUAGCACUGUCGUAUUGGCCCUGGAAAUCGUUUACUAGUGGAUCUCCUAUCAUCUGGCCACGGUUCGUGCUGUCUCUGGCCAUUGCCUCGAUUGCAUGUAUAUUCCGACCCACAAAUGCUCUGUUGUGGUUGUUUCUUGGAAUUCAUUUUCUAUGGACCUCCAGCUCGUCUCGUCAGACCACUGUCAAAAUCAUUGCCGCGACCUCUGCUGUUCUGACGCUCUCUCUGUGUUUCAAUGGCCUGGUAGAUUAUGUAUAUUUUGGCGAGCCCGUGUUUCCAUUGCUCAAUUUUAUCAAAUUCAAUAUCGUAGAAUCGCUGUCGCAGUUCUACGGAGUCAAUCAAUGGCAUUAUUACCUCAGUCAGGGACUACCUCUAUUGACAAUGGCAUACUUACCACUAGUUCUGACCGGGCUCUAUCAAUACAAAAGCACUAUUAUCGUGCAAUUAAUCCUGUUUAUCAUUGGUUCGUACUCGCUUCUCGCUCAUAAAGAAGUGCGAUUCAUCUUCCCGCUCAUACCACUUUUGCAUCUCCUGGUAGCGGCUGCUUUAGAUCGCAUCCGACGACGAGCCAUAUUCCCCCUUCCAUAUCUCGUGGCCAUAUUACUAGCAAUCAACGUCCCAGUGGCCACAUACUUCUCACUAUACCAUCAACGAGGAGUCAUCGACGUGAUCUCGUACCUCCGCCAUGAACCAACCGUCUCAAGUGUCGGAUUCCUCAUGCCCUGUCAUUCGACCCCCUGGCAGAGCCACAUCCACCGACCCGAUAUCACUGCCUGGUUCCUCACCUGUGAACCACCCCUCGGCCUUACCGCCAAACAACAAAAAAGCUAUCUCGACAUCGCCGACCAGUUCUACGCCGACCCGACCACCUUCCUCGACACGCACUUCCCGCCUCUCGACGACGCGCCAACCGACACCCCACCUUCCCACUCCGACUACGACUGGCCAUCUCACCUCGUUUUCUUCGCGGCUCUCGAACCGCUCGCAAGCCGGUACCUGUCACCAGUAUACCAAGAGGUAAGUUCUUUUUUCCCGGGUGCUGGCGCCUCUGGCGGCUGGGGCUCCGCCCCAGACCCCGCUGCUCCUCUCGCUGCGCUCGAGUCGUUUUCGUCGACGGUCCUAGCCAUCUCCUGCGAAGCAGGAGCUACGGGGUCUGGGGCGGAGCCCCAGCCGCCGGAGGCACCGUGGCCCCCUGACACGGUCUAA